AUGGCUACUGCGACUACUGCAACCUCCCUCCCCGACCAGAUCCUCCACCCUCAAAGCCAAUCGGCCCCAAUCUUCACCUUCGACAACUACCUCAAACAGGCCCUUCCCACCCUCGGCGCGCCCUCCAAACUCACCCGCCCCAUCUGCCCCGACUUCACCAAAGGCCACUGUCCCCGCGGCCCCCUCUGUCCAGACCGACACUACGUCCCCAAAGAAGAGCGUUCAGGAAUCGGCCACCUCAUCUGCAAACACUACCAGCGCGGCCUCUGCAAAAAGGGCGACGCCUGCGAGUUCGCGCAUACCUUCAACCUACGCGACGAGCGCGAGUGCAAGGAGUUCUCCAAGUACGGUCUAUGUCCGCAAGGCGACGACUGCACGUACCUACACAUCCCACCUACGAGCCCGCUGCGACGGCCAGCGUGUCCGCAGUAUGCACGCGGGUUCUGUCCGUUAGGACCGUAUUGCGCGCUGAGACAUAUCAAGCAUGCGAAGAUGUGUCCGUUCUACCUGGCGGGGUUCUGUCCGAAUGGGAGGAGUCAUCCGCCGGAGGCGGAUAAGGUGGUGAGCUGUGAGUUUGGGGCGCACGCGAAGUGGGUGAGGGACGAGGAUAUGCAUCCGAGCAAGCCGGAGGUUAAGAAGGCCAAGGACCCGGAGGUGUUGAGGAGGGAGCAGGAGGAGCGGGAAGAGGAAUUUUAUGCUGAGGAGGAGCGGAGGAGGGAGAGGCAUGAGAGGGGUGAAGGGGGGAUGGGUAGGUGGGCUGGGAGGGGCAGGAGAGCAAGGAGGGGCGGGUUCCCGAGCAGGCGAUAUUGA